CGGAGCGCCAUGGCCCGGGACUGCGCCGCGGCCCGGGACUGCGCCGCCCGCAGCCUGGACGGCAUCGACCUGGCCGCGCUGCGGGACCCUGUGGGAAUAUUUGAACUGGUGCAGGUUGUUGGAAAUGGGACAUAUGGACAAGUCUAUAAGGGUCGCCAUGUUAAGACUGGACAGCUAGCAGCAAUCAAAGUGAUGAAUGUUACUGAGAAUGAAGAAGAGGAAAUCAAGCUGGAGAUAAAUAUGCUAAAAAAGUACUCCCAUCACCGGAAUAUUGCUACAUAUUAUGGUGCAUUUGUAAAGAAAAGCCCUGCAGGCCAAGAUGAUCAGCUCUGGUUGGUGAUGGAGUACUGCGGUGCGGGCUCUGUCACUGACCUUGUGAAGAAGACGAAAGGGAAUUGUUUCAAGGAAGACUGGAUUGCCUACAUCUGCAGAGAGGUUCUCAGGGGCUUGGCACAUCUUCAUGCUCAUCAUGUCAUCCAUCGAGAUAUUAAGGGACAGAAUGUUCUUCUCACAGAAAAUGCUGAAGUAAAACUGGUGGAUUUUGGUGUUAGUGCCCAGCUAGAUAGGACUAUUGGGAGAAGAAACACGUUUAUUGGCACACCAUAUUGGAUGGCACCUGAAGUCAUUGCUUGUGAAGAGAACCCAGACUCCACAUAUGAUUACAGAAGUGACCUGUGGUCUCUGGGAAUCACUGCCAUUGAAAUGGCUGAAGGAGCUCCUCCCCUGUGUGACAUGCACCCCAUGAGAGCACUCUUCCUCAUCCCACGGAACCCACCCCCAAAGCUGAAAUCCAGAAAAUGGUCAAAAAAAUUCCUAAACUUUGUUGAAAGUUGCCUUGUGAAAAAUUAUUUGCAUCGACCAUCGACUGAGACCUUGCUCAAGCAUUCUUUCGUCCGAGACAUGCAGAACGAACGGCAAGUGCGCAUCAUGCUGAAAGACCACCUGGACAGGACCAGGAAGAAAAAAGGAGAGAAGGAAGAAACGGACUAUGAUUACAGUGGGAGUGAGGAGGAAGAUGAUGAGCUGAAUGAAGAUGAAGGAGAACCAAGCUCUAUAGUUAAUCUCCCGGGAGAAUCAACUCUCCGCCGUGAAUUCCUGAGGCUGCAGCAGGAGAACAAAAACCGUUCUGACCCUCAUCGCCAGCAGCAGCAGCUGAAGGACCAGGAGAAAUACAAGAAGCAGCUGCUAUCAGAGCGGCAGAAGCGGAUCGAGCAGCAGAAAGAGCAGAGGAGGAGGCUGGAGGAUCAUCAGAGGCGAGAGCAGGAGCUGCGAAGACAGCAGGAGUUUGAGCAGAGGUGGCCAGAGGCUAAGGCAGUUCAGAAGAGAGAGGAGGGGUGCAAAGAAGACAAAAGGGCUGUGGAAGAUGAACGGUCCAUAGUAGAUGGACAGAAGAAAUCAGAAAAGAAGCAGAAGGUGGAGGAUGUACAGCACAACAGGAAGGUGCAUCGAACUCUCCCCAAAGACCAGACACAGCUGCUGUCUCUCCAACAUGACCACAAGCAGAAGAAGAGUUCAAGUUCAGCAGGGCAUCCUCCAUCAAGCAGCACAAGCAAAGAGGCCGAGGACUGGAAGAAGAAAAGUGACAGCACGCAGCCUUACCUGCCGUGGCCAGCAGUGCUGGGGCAUGAAGCCACACCACAUGCCAGGAUGGGAUCUGGCAGCAGUUCCAGUCCUUGCACCCCUGCACCACAGAGAGCCAUGUUUGUACAGUGUGAAAAUUUCCGAGCCAGUAAGGAUGUGUACCACAGCAGUUCACUGACAGAUAUGAUGUCAACACCACUCAGCCCUGUGCAGGAUGAUGUAUUCUGGAAGCUGGGUCAAAAUGAAGAGCACCCCCCAAAGGUUCCAGAAAGGACAACCUCUAAAUUUUACAGCAGGGAGCAACCUGGCCAUCAGCGAUGCCUGACAAGUAAUGCUCAUCAGUCAUCCCCUGGGGGACAUGCACCAAAGUUAAACAGCAGCAGCACUCCUGGCAACACGCAGUGGGAGAUGGGAUCUCAUCAGAGCAGUUGGUCCACCUCAGGGAAUCCAGGACCAACCAAGGCAGAGAACUCUCUGUUCCAGAACCACUUGCAGCUGCAUAAGAAGUCUGAAAAAGUUCCUCAUUCAGGCCAGAUUGCAAAUCCAGGUUCCUUUGCCAAGGGGAAGGACAGUGCCAACUCACUCUUAAAAGCAGCAGACUAUUCCUCAUCCAGUGAUGAAGUCAGCAGCAGUGAUGAAGAUGACAUGAACCACACAAGGCAACUGCUAAGCAGCAGAGUGGCAGAUUUCUCAAGGACGAGAGUACCAGAUGGAAUUGAACUGAAACCCCAAAGCAGCAUCGGAGAACAGAAGGAUCAGCUUUUAGGGAAACAAAUUUGUAGCAUUCAAGAAGGCCUCUGGAGUAUAAACAACCAGAACUAUCUCCUGCCAGAUCUUCUCCAGCAAAGCCAAAUUUCAGACUCUGUGAACCCACCAAAAGUGUCACUGACUAGCCAAGAAUCUCAGAACAAACCUCUGAAUAAGACUCCAUGCACUGAAGGCACACCUUCAAAGAGCAGUACAUCAUCUACAACAUCCUUCACUUCAUUCAUAGAUCCUAGACUUCUGCCAAUCACCCCUCCCACCAGUCCAGUAGGACCUUCCUGUAGUUCUCCAUGCAAUGCAAAACCUGAGCCUGUCAGGAGAGAAAAUGCAAGGAAGGGCUCGGUUGUCAAUGUCAACCCAACCAAUAUCCGCCCGCAGAGUGACAGCCCAGAAAUCCGUAAAUACAAGAAGAAAUUCAACUCAGAGGUCCUUUGUGCUGCUUUAUGGGGAGUAAAUUUACUGGUGGGAACAGAGAAUGGAUUGUGGCUGCUGGACAGAAGUGGGCAAGGAAGAGUUUAUACACUGAUAACGAGGAGACGAUUCCAGCAAAUGGAUGUUCUGGAAGGACUCAAUGUGCUAAUUACUAUAUCAGGCAAGAAGAACAAGCUGAGAGUGUACUACUUGUCCUGGCUGAGGAAUAAAAUUCUGCGCAAUGACCCGGAGGUGGAGAAGCGGCAGGGCUGGGUGUCCGUGGGUGACCUGGAAGGCUGCGUGCACUACAAAGUUGUAAAAUACGAGAGAAUCAAAUUCCUUGUAAUUGCUUUGAAAAACUCAGUGGAGAUUUAUGCUUGGGCUCCAAAGCCUUAUCACAAAUUCAUGGCUUUUAAGUCCUUUACCUCACUUCAUCACAAACCACUGUCAGUUGACCUGACCGUUGAGAAUGGACAAAGACUGAAAGUUAUCUAUGGCUCACUAGUAGGCUUUCAUGCCAUUGAUGUGGACUCUGGAUCCGUGUAUGACCUGUACCUUCCAACACACAUCCAGGGGACUAUUCGCCCACAUGCCAUUAUCAUCCUCCCAAACACCAGCGGAAUGGAGCUUUUGCUCACCUAUGAAGAUGAAGGCAUCUACAUUGAUAUAUAUGGGCACUUCACAAAGGAGACUGUCUUACAGUGGGGAGAAAUGCCAGCAUCCGUAGCUUAUCUUCAGUCUAAUCAGGUCAUGGGCUGGGGAGAAAAGGCGAUUGAACUACGCUCUGUUGAAACUGGAAAUCUGGAGGGAGUGUUUAUGCACAAGAAAGCACAGAAGUUAAAAUUUCUAUGUGAAAGAAAUGACAAGGUGUUCUUUGCAUCUGUACAGUCAGGAGGCAGCAGUCAAAUAUACUUUAUGACUCUUGGUCAAAAUGUACUAUUCAACUGGUAAAUCACAUCAAAACGAAGGACGCUUUGAAAAUUCCCUGUAGGUAGCAGUGUAAGAUGUUUGGAAAUAACAUACACAAAUUUGCACUUUUUACCUACAAAACUGUUGUCAUCAUUACCUUACAACAUUUGUAUUCUUCCUGUCUGGAAAGAAUCCCAUUUUACUGUCAGAGGAUUGCAAAACAUGCUAGGUUUGUCUUCUGAAAUAUGUUGCAAAGCAAGAUUGUAUUCACAGUGUUAGGAGAUGAAGAAUGUAGCCAUAUAGGAAGCUCCUAUACUCUGAGAAGUCUACGAUUUGAUUUUCACAGAUGAUGUAAGGUUGUUUUCUUGAACAGUAAAGUCUUUUUUAGAGAGUAACAUUUGUGGGUGGAUAUAAAAACAUAAACAAGUUUAGUGACAAAUGGGAAUCUAUUUUGAAUUGGGUUUUGGCUUCUUUUGCACUUGAAGCAAGCUUAGCUUUCACUGUUUAACCAAGACUCAUUUGUCCAAGUCCUAGAAAGAGCAAAAGAGCAACUGUUCAUGGUGGGGCUUAACAAAAACUGGGAUGCUUGAGAGAUCAUGUCCUGUGCUAGGCAGACAGGUGGAUUUCAUUGCAGAGCUGUAAAAGCUACUUCUAGAUGUGUCCCACCUGGUAGCUUUUACAAAACACAGGAGACAGACUUUGUUUCUCUCAGGGCUGGAUGCCUGAGCCUGUAGACACAGUUACUGUAGAAUGUAUUUGUAAAAAGAAUUUGGAUAGUAGUUUGUCAAAAUCCUAUAUGCAUAAAGCAUUAUGGACCUGAACGUGUAACUUUCAUUCAAACAUGGGACCCACUCUCUUGGGAGUUGAUUUAAAGGCACUACCCAUGUAUGUAAGGGUGCAGGAUCAAGCACCUUCUUCCCUUCUUGCUCUUUCAAGACUUCAUGUAUUUGUGUGUAAAUAUAAUCUUUCCACAACAGAUGUUAAGAUUAACAAAUAUAUUCUUAAUAUAGUUAAGAAAAUAUCCAAAGAGUUAAUCUAUUAUAAAUAGAAAAUAUAAAUAAUUUCAGGUGCUUCCUAUGCUAAUUGCAUCUAAAUAAAGCUGCAUCCACUAGUUAUUGGUGCCAGUGUUUCUGCAUAAACUCUGUUCUCAGGGGCUUGUAACUUGGCCAUAAAACUAUACAGAUAUAUAUAUAUAUAUAUAAACAUAUACUAUGAUUACUUGUAGGGUAUAAUGCAAUCCUCAUUUAGAUGACUUUUGGAUGUGCUUUGAAAAUGUAAAGCAUCAAUUGUAAUAGAAAUUGCAUAUACAUGCUCAUUCCAGACAUGAUACAGUAUGGAUGACACUGUAGGCAAAAGUGAAAUUGUUAACUACAGUGUUUGAAAACAGGUAUUUUUUACUUGAACUAUGUGAUACUGAAAGGUGCAGGAAAGUGUGUUGGAAUAUCUGGUCACCUACCUCAAGGAUGAUGAUUCAAAGUUGACUAAAAAGGGGAGAAAUGAAGUUGUUAAAACUGGUAGCUGGUUUGUACAGUAUGGCAAGUUAAGUAACUGAUAGCAGUCAUGCAGUGUGUGACUGACAGGUGCUCAGAUUGCAGCCAUCACCUCCAAAACUGGGAUCCUUGUAUAUGCCAGCAAAGAAUCAAACUAGGGACUAAUUACCCCCCACCUCUUCUCCAUGUUGGCACCUCACCUGUUGCUGUGUUCUUUGGCUAUGUAGGGAACUGCACUUUCCAAGUGGUUAACCAAGCACUUUCCACGAGCACUGGCUUAUCUCAAAAUGUAUAGUGUUUGUAAUUAAGUAUUUUGCUUUUAAUUGUUUUAACUUACAGAAAAAUAAGCCUAAGGCAAUACUAAAAAAUAUGUGCAGUUAAAUACUCAAAGUGGUUCUUAAUGUACACAAGUGAUCAGCUAGCUUGUGUGCAGACUUCAAAUCCAAAUGGUAUCCCGUGCUUGGGCAGAGCUGUGGGAGAGCAGAUCUGUCUUUUGUACUACCCUUCCUGCCUGCUGCCAAGGCUAGGGCUGGGGCAAACGAGCAAAACAUGGCUUGGCUCCCUGUGUUCCUGAACAUGGGGCUUGUUUUGUUCAACUUCCCCCAACAAAACAAAGUAAUAAAAAUAAAACCCCUAGCAAACAAACCCAAAAUUAACAGAGGGAAAAAAAGUGACAAUUACAGACAAAAAAUAAUUUGCAGACAAUCAGAGAUACAAUGCACUUGCUUUUGACUUAAAGUAAAUCUAAGGGACUGUGAAGAAAGAACACCUUUUGUAUUGCACCCAGUAGGUGUACAAAUCAUGCUUGCAAAGCUGCACAAGCCAUAAACAGUGCUCCAGGCUGCCCUGUGAUGUUUUUUAAAGUGUGCUUACCUCAGCAGCCUCUGCAUUACAUGGGAUGCAUGUGAAUUUUUUCCUUCUUCCACUUCAGCAUCAACAGGGAAGGAGGCAAAUGCCAGGCACUAGUUAAAAGAAUUCAGCAGAGAACAGUGGGAAUUUAGAACAACCCAUACCAACAGAUAAAAGAAGCAAAUGUGAUCAAACUUGUUUAACCUUGUAACAGAAAAGUGUGACAGUAAGCUGGCACUUAAGUGAAGCUGCACUAUCACACUGAGAUGUUGUUAGGGUUUUAUUCUGUUUCCUCCUAUUAGCUCUCUUUGCUUUACAUCUAUGAUUGAAAGUGGUGGAUUAGAUUUUCAUCUGUCACUUUGCAUAUAAACCCACUGGAUUUAUUGGGGUUGCAUUCAGGUGUAAAUAUGGAAAGAACGAGGCCCUUAGAGGUGAGCGCUUUUACCGGAUUUAGGAGUGGUGUUGCAAAUAGCUGUAGCAACUGGAUGCAACAAGUAGACUGUAGCACUUGCUCUUUAUCCAGAGAAAAUCAGAGUGGUUGAAGAUGAGGAAGAGCCCCUGAGAUGUUGAGAAAAGUAAAAGACGACAGUGGAAGUGACUGAAGGAAAAAGGAUGAAGAAAAUAAAUUGGAGUUGACAAAGGGAAGAGAGUGGAUGUCUGGAACAGUGUAUUGCUGUAAGAGGAACAAAAACCUGUUAAAGGCUUAAGAGAUGUUAAGAUGAAGGUAACCAAAGAAAUUGAAGAAAGGUAUCUGGAGAGACCAGGUGGUCUGAACAAUAAAAUGAGAGAGUGAGUUCUGAAUAGCUCUUCAGCUCAAAGUUCAAAGGUUGGAACACAAAAAAAACACCAAAAGAGAGACACAAGUUUAUUCUGACACAAAUUUAACUAUGCAAAAUGUGUAUCAGAUUUAUAGUUUCAUUUUGUGAGGCAUUUCUCUAGCUGUACCCUCUCACUAACUUUUAAAACCAAGCAGUGAACCACUUAAUGUGUUUUUCUAGUGAUGUCUCUUUGAUGUGAACAACUGCUACAGGAGCAGAAGGGCAAAACAUUAAGGAUUCACAUCAGUAAACCUCUGGUACAUGCAGUAUCUAAUGGCAGGUGGUGCUCCUAAUGUUCUAUUUGCCAAACAAGACUGCACUAAUACAGCAGCAAGAUAGUAUUGUAUGUGCCUGCUCUCAUUUUAGGAAUGCUGAACUCUGUUCUGCAGCCUGAACCUUGACACAUGACUUUAAAACCUGGGAACAACACAAGCUAUGUACUGUACGUUAUGUAUUGUUCCCUAACGUUGAAACUGUACAAUUGAAACAGUAAUAAAAAAUACUCUGAAAAUAAACAAA